UUGGGACUCCGAUCUUUCCAGUUAAUCACACAACAAACUUAGAUCAUCGCAAUAAAAAGCAGCGCGGCUCACUCAGCCUCCUCUAGUGACCGACUGUGCACUGGGGUCCUUCCACGAGCCAUCUCCUCUCCUCCUCCCUGCAGCCCAGCGGCAGCAUGUGGGCCAACAAACUCCUGCCGGUCCUGCUGCUCCAUCUGCUGCUGCUGCUUCCCAUCACCAUCCCUUUGGCAGAGGGCAAAGGGAAAAGGAGAAAUGCUCUUCAUGACUUCAAAAAGACAGGCGAGACUAUGCUAAUUAGAUCAGACCUAUCGCUAGUGGGGAAAACCAAGUUGUUAAACAGCACAGAGCAAUGUGCCAAGAGAUGCAGCAGGAAUAAAGGCUUUUCGUUCCCUUGCAAGGCCUUUGCUUUUGACAAAGCUACAAAACGAUGCCAUUGGUUCUCUUUCAAUAGCAUGACGAAUGGAGUGAGGAAGAAGCAAGACCAUGCGUUUGAUCUAUAUGAAAAGAAAGACUACAUUAGAAACUGUAUCAUCGGUAAAGGUGCAAACUACAAGGGAACAAUAUCAGUUACCAAAAGUGGCAUCCAGUGUCAGGCAUGGAAUUCUAUGAUACCCCACGAGCACAGCUUUUUGCCUUCGAGCUAUCGGGGUAAAGACCUACAGGAAAACUACUGUCGGAAUCCCCGAGGGGAAGAAGGAGGGCCUUGGUGUUUUACAAGCAAUCCAGAGAUACGCCAUGAAGUCUGUGACAUUCCUCUCUGUUCAGAAGUUGAAUGCAUGACCUGCAAUGGAGAAAGUUACAGAGGGCCAAUGGAUCACACUGAAUCAGGCAAGGAAUGUCAGCGCUGGGACCUUCAGAGACCACACAGGCACAAAUUCAGACCAGAGAGAUAUCCUGACAAGGGCUUUGAUGAUAAUUACUGCCGCAAUCCCGAUGGCAAGCCAAGACCAUGGUGCUACACUCUUGACCCUGACACCCCGUGGGAGUUCUGUGCAAUUAAAACGUGUGCGCAGACCAUUGUGAACAUCACUGAUGCUGCCGUAGAAACGACAGAGUGCAUCAAGGGGCAAGGUGAGGGCUACCGAGGUACCGUGAACACCAUAUGGAGUGGAGUCCAAUGUCAGCACUGGGACUCUCAGUUUCCUCACCAGCACAAUAUCACUCCCGAAAACUUCAAGUGCAAGGAUUUAAGAGAGAACUACUGUCGAAAUCCAGAUGGAUCGGAGUCACCUUGGUGUUUUACUACUAACCCAAACAUUCGGAUCGGUUAUUGCUCCCAAAUACCUAAGUGUGAUGUGUCAAGUGAACAAGAUUGCUAUCAUGGGAAUGGCAAGAAUUACAUGGGGAAUUUGUCUAAGACAAGAUCUGGGCUAACUUGCUCCAUGUGGGACAAGAAUAUUGAUGACUUAAGGAGGCACAUACCAGUAUUCAGGGAACCAGAUAUUAGCAAAUUGAAGAAAAACUACUGCCGCAAUCCAGAUGAUGAUGCUCAUGGUCCCUGGUGCUACACAAGCAAUCCUCUCAUUCCCUGGGACUACUGCCCAGUUUCUCGAUGUGAAGGUGAUACAACUCCUACCACAACCAAUUUAGACCAUACUGUCAUUUCUUGUGCCUCAACCAAACAGUUGAGAGUUGUAAAUGGAAUCCCAACACAAACUAACGAAGGAUGGAUGGUUAGUUUGGCUUACAGGAAUAAACAUAUCUGCGGAGGUACUUUGGUAAAGGAAAACUGGGUUCUAACAGCAAGACAAUGUUUCCCUUCUCGGUACAAAGAUUUGAAAGACUAUGAAGCAUGGCUUGGAGUUCAUAAUAUCAAAGGAAGAGAAGAGAAACACAAACAAGUUCUGAACAUCUCCCAGUUGGUGUAUGGACCUGAAGGGUCUGAUUUGGUAUUAUUGAAACUUGCCAGAGCUGUAGUAUUCAAUAAUUUUGUGGAUCUCAUCAGAUUGCCCAUUUCUGGAUGUACCAUUCCAGAGAGGACCACCUGCAGUGUUUACGGAUGGGGACACACAGGAUUGAUUCACUUUGAUGGCCUGCUCCAAGUAGCAAACCUAUUUAUUAUGGGAAAUGAGAAGUGCAACCAAUAUCUCAAAGGAAAGAUUACUGUGAACGAGUCAGAAAUCUGCGCUGGGGCUGAGGGCAUUGGCACUGGACCAUGUGAGAGGGAUUAUGGUGGCCCCUUGGUCUGUGAACAAAACAGGAUGAAAAUAAUAGUGGGUGUUAUCGUUCCUGGCCGCGGAUGUGCUAUUCCAAAUCGUCCUGGGAUUUUUGUCAGAGUGGCAUAUUACUCCAAGUGGAUACGCAAAAUCUUGUUGACGUACAAAUCUGAGUUAUAGCUGAAUAUUUCACACAAAACCACCAAUUCCAUUCACAUGAAGAUUUCAGAGAGCGUGAAAUUAAUGUGUAAUGUAAAGAUCCAUGAUUUUUUAAAAAAACUACUUGAUAGUCAAGUUUCUUGAUCUUCUAUUGAUAUUUAUGGGUGUUUUCUGAAGAUUUUGUCUAUCAGUGUUGUUUUAUAGAUGUUGAAGUGAGCUACAGUAUAUGCAAGUAUGGUGACAUAUCUCCUGAAGAUACUUGAAUGGGUAAACAAAAUUGCAAAGAUACUAUUGCUGAAUGCAGAAGUGUUUUGUGGAAAUAGCUCAUGUGGCCUCUUUAGGCUGCUUCUCCAGAUCAGCUUGUCCAUGAGAAACAAACAAAGCCUUUUUUUCUUUAACACCCCUUACUCUUGCUAUGUACCAUGUACUGCUCUCUGUUUGUGGCAAAAGUUCUAUUGAGAGCUGUGUGCGUUGAUCAAGAACAGCAUAUAUGGACCUAAUUCUCUUCCCCCAUAUGCAGAAUUUAAAUAUGUUAAAUGCUAAACUUAAAAUAUCUUUUUAUUUGCUCAUUUCAUUGUGGGUCCAAUUCUGCAAGCCCUCCAUGAACAGAGCAAUCAUUGAAGUCAAUGGGAGCUCCUUUUACAUAGGAUUUAUAGGAUCUGGCUCUGUACUUGCUGUCCUACAAUAUAUCCUAUGGAUGAGGGAUGAGACAGAGAAACAGGUCGAUUAGCAAGUUAUCAGUCUUUUUUGAAUUGUUCCAGGGUACAUCUACUUUGCAGCUGGAGGUGUAAUUCACUGCUCAGGUAGAUGUACACAAAUCUAUACGUGCUAGAUUUGCUUGAGCUAGCAAGUUAAAAAUAGUCGUGUAGCUGUUGGUGCUGGCAAUGGCCUGGGCUAGCUUCCUGAGUACUUAUCUAGAGUCACUGAUGGGGCUGCAAUCAGGCGGCUAAGCCCACGCAGCUGCCCAGGUUUCUGUGGCUACACAGCUACUUUUAGUGUGCUAGCUCAAUCAGAGCUGGAAACUGCACCUCCAGCUGCAGUGUAGAUGAACCCUCGGAUUUAAAAAACACACCUAAAAGUGUAUUUCGUGGGAUCCCAGGAACGUAUCCUGAUUAGCUAAUGACAGACCAUUUUUACUGUUAAAAUUAAUUGCAUUGUAAUAGAGAGUUUGGGCCAGAUUUCUCAGUAACUCAAGGGAAUAACUCUGGAUUUACAGCAGGAUAAGAGUAGAAUCUGACUAUGAGCUGAUAGAAUCAACAGGAAAAAAAAAGAAUAUUGUUGUCAUUAAUGCAUUUAAAACCAAAUUGUGCCCUCAGGUAUGCCUGAGGGCAUUGCAAAAGGCAUAUGCUGUCGGGGGGGCGGAAUGUCAGCCCUUCAUAUUUAACAAACAGAACCACUAAAAGAACCAAUCUUUCAAAUAGAAUGGAACAUACAUCUUUUGAUUUCAGUAACAUUAAAUAUGUUUUAUUUAUAGGUGAUAUAUUAUCUUCAAGAAAAACCUAAACAUUUGGUUAAACAAUACAUCUUUGGUAAAACUUCUUUGAAGCCAAUAGAAUUAUUGCAGAGAUAAAUCUGGCCUGUUGUAAAGUAUGCAACAUGUCUCUAACGGUUUAUGCUUGUGUUGCAUGUCUACUUGCACACUUAGGGCCAUAAUUUUCCAUACUAGAAAUGGAGCAAGAGAGCAAACAGUCAACAUCUAUGAGGUUUCAUUGUGCUCCUUUAGAAUAUGUAUUGUGUAGCUGAAAGUACUAAACAAUUAGCAAAUGGCAAUAUUUUACGUUAGAUGGCACUAAUUACCAUGUACCUGCUGGAAAAAUGAUACAUUAUAUAAUCCCAUUGUACUUACUACUGUACGUUAAAUUGUAUAAGGAACUUCAUUGUUACUUUAUUCAUGAACUACCAUAUGUAAAUGCAUAUGUUUCAGAUAGCAGACUGUAAAGUAUGUACCAUAUCUAACUACAUAGCCCCUAAACUGACAUCACUGUGUAAAAGUAAAGAACAUUUCACUAUAAUUACAUGUAAGUGACACAGGGCAGAAUCCUGCCUUGGUAAAAAUAACCAUGCAGGGGAGCUGCCUUGGGAGGCUGAGAAGGCAUUGAUUCCCCAAACUGUCCCUAAUCAACAAAGCAUUUUGACUUUAAUGGGUUAGCUAUAUAGUUAAAUGCUUUGCUGAAUAGGGAUGGAUAAGUGCUUCGCUGAAUAACACCCAAAACAGUCUACUGGCGCAAAGCAAGAGGUCAUGCAGCAAGCAGAUAAAUAGGCAUGUUCCUGUAAAUCCUUCCUCAUGUGAGUAGUCCCACUGACCAAAAUGGGAGUACUCCCAUGAGUAGGACUACUCAUAAGGGCUUCCAGGUUCCGGCUCAUCACUUGUAUGCCUGGAUGUGAGCUGGGUGUACCUCCCACUUUGUCUGCUAGUGAACAGGAUUAGGCUUCAUACACUCUCCCUAAGGCUCCUCUUGUUUUCCAGCCCAGCAGAGGGCAGGAUUUAGCCUGUAGCACUUACAAGAAAUUGUUGCCAUUUAUGUAAAGUGUAUAUUCGCGUUAAAUAUACACUGACUAUAUCUUAACGAAAAGGAUUAACUUUUAAGGAGAGAUGAGGAACUCCAAGUGAGUUUUUAUUUUGUGCCAUUGAGAAGAGCGUGGAUAAAGUAUACAAUGACAUAUUUACUUUUCCUAUUCUAAGACUUGUUAUGUGCUCACUGUAUUACAUUUGCAGGCAUUUUGUUAUGUCUACCAACAAAAUAAAAUAAAAUUAAUUGGA